ACCCUUUCCUUUUCUCUCUAUAUAUACCAAAUCCAACCAAACCACUUCCUCUAAGAAACAAAAACAUAGAUACUCACUCAUCACAUCAGGGUCUUCUCUUCUUAAUUUUCUCACUGCUUUUUCCUCUUCUAUGGCUGGCCUUCAACAAUACAACUUCUUCCCCACCGAUCUCUUGUACCCUCGUCCACAACCCCAACAAGCUUCUCCUAAACCCACCAUGCUUCCCCUCCAAACCCCUAAUGUUCAAGAUCACACUCAGCACCAACAACCACCAAGGACCAAUGCCACCCCUUCAACUUCUUCUGCCGUUGUUUAUAGCCAAAAGGGUCAUUCUAUUGCUGCCGUUGACGACAACAACAAGGUCUCCAAAUUCUCAUCAGACCCUCUUUCUUGGUUGCUUUGGAUGCCCGAAGAUGAAGAUGAAAAUUGUUCGGACUCUUCUUGAAUUGUCCUUCAAUUCUCCUCUUCGAGAGAGUGGUCUAAUGACUCUGGUGAGGUCGACUACAUGGAUCAUACUCGACUACAUGAAUCAUACUGUGCCGUUGGAUUAAAGACCAAAGAAUAAGAUUAAAUGAUCAUUUCAUGUUUAUAGGAGUUUGGACACUGAAAAUUAUUAUUAUUAUUGAAGGGACUAAUACCUCUUCUUUUUUAUGCCCUUUCUUUACUCUUAAGCCUUUGAUCAAUUAUCCUUUUUCACUUCUUUUUUUCAUUGGUUUUCAUGAACAUUUGAGUUAGUUUACACUAUAGAACCUGAAUGGUCCUACUCAUACGUACAAGAUGAAAAUCAAUAAAAUUGAAGCUUGUGUUAUACUA